AUGAUGUUAAGAUCAAAAGUAUUACCUUUUUUAUUUUGCUUAGUGGUUGUAGCUUUUGGUACCAAAGAAUCGGACCUAAAACAAUGUAAGCAUCAAUGCAAGGUGUUACAACAAAUAGAAGAAUAUCAAAGGGAAAAAUGUUAUGAAAUAUGUGAGAAAUUGUAUCAUGGUGAGAAACAGGAAAAAGAAGAAAUUAAUUUCUAUGAAGGAAGAGAAGAGGGGAAAAAUAAUCCUUAUGUAUUUAACGAAGAGCAUUUUAUUACGGGAAUUAAGACUGAACAUGGUCGAAUUCGUGUUCUUCCUAAGUUUAGUGAGAGGUCUAAGUUGCUUAAAGGGAUUGAGAAUUAUCGUUUUGCAAUUCUUGAAGCAAAUCCAAAGACCUUUGUUGUUCCUAACCAUUGGGAUGCUGAUGCUGUCUUGUUUGUUGCUCAAGGGAGAGGAACGUUGAGCUUGGUUCGUAAGGGGAAGAGGAAUAGCUUCAAUAUUGGACGUGGGGAUGUUAUCAAGGUUUGUGCUGGAACAACUGCUUACUUGAUCAACAGGGACGAUAAUGAAAAACUUCUCAUAGCCAAGCUUCUCCGCCCCGUCUCCACUCCCGGACAAUUUGAGCACUUCUUUGGGCCAGGAGGACGAGAAAAUCCACAAUCUUUUUAUAGCGCCUUUAGCUCGGACAUACUUGAAGCCGCACUCAAUACUAGGAAGGAUAGAUUGCAGAGGCUGUUCGGGCAGCCAAGGGAAGGUGUGAUAAUAAGAGCUUCAGAAGAGCAAAUCAGGGUAAUGAGCCAGCACGAAGAAGGCGGAAUUUGGCCUUUUGGAGGAGAAUCAAAGGGCUCCGUCAAUAUUUAUAAGCAACGGCCAUUGCAAUCCAACCAGUACGGACAAUUCUAUCAAGUAGAUGAUAGCACCUACAAGCAACUGGAGGACCUUGAUAUUUCCCUCAAUUUCGCCAACAUCACCGAGGGUGGCAUGUUAGGUCCAAUUUACAGCUCAAGGGCAACAAAGAUAGCAGUAGUGGUGGAGGGUGAAGGUUACUUUGAGAUGGCAUGCCCUCACUUGGCGUCCGAGUCCGAGUCGGGUAAACGCCAAGGAAGCAAAGAAACGGAAACGAGAAUUGGACGUUACCAAAAGGUGAGUUCAAAGUUGAGGCGUGGGAUGGUGCUGGUCAUCCCUGCUGGCCAUCCGUUCGUCGCUGUAGCUUCCACCAAUCAGAAUUUGCAAAUCGUUGGCUUCAACGUCAAUGCCCGCAACAACGAAAUUGUCCCUCUUGCAGGGAGGAACAAUGUGAUGAGUCAACUGGAGAGGGAAGCACUGGAGUUGGGUUUCGGGCUACCAGCAAGAGAGGUGGAGCAAAUAUUCCAGAGCCAACAGGAGGAGUUCUUCUUCCAGGGACCUGGUGGUCGACAGAGUGGCCGAGCCGCUGCAUGA